AUGGCUCCCGGUACUGAUCCUAAGCUAGUUGCUAAUCGCUCGACUUUGUUGCUUCCAUCACCAUCUCGACUCAAUGUAGUUGCGUCGGAUUGGUCUAAGAUCGAGAAGCAAAACAAAAUUGUGAAGAAUAGAUCAGCACACCCUCACAUGCACAGAUCUCUGUCCAACGUCACCAAUAUUGCACAUGUCUCAUCUGCAUCAUCCUCCGUUCAGAGGACCAAGUUAACACAAGCAGUGCCCCCGCUACUGCGAAAAAGCUCAUCGUUUUUUAAAGAUGAUUCUAUCAGAGAUACGAGCACAGUUGACUCAUCUGAACUAGCAUCUUCUGCAUUUGUCUCUACAGACAGGUUUAUUCCAUUGAGGAACACUGGGACGGUAGCAAAGUGCGAUGACGAAGCUGACGAUCAAGAUAUUUCCCCACCUCCAAAUGCUUCGCCGUCCACUCAUCAAAAAGCCCGUACUAAAAUUGUUUUCAAACAGAAUAUUGCCGAAGCAUGUGGCCUUGACAUGUCACAGCGCAUCUUACAGUACAUGCCACAACCACCACAGUCAUCUGUGAAGCGAGCUAUAUAUUCAAUUGGAAGCAGAUCCCAUUACCAAUACAGUUCUGCCAUACAGUCACUUAAUAACGUGGCUAGGUUGAGAAAAGUUAAUACAAAUCCUGAACGUAUUUUGGAUGCCCCCGGGUUCCAAGAUGAUUUCUACUUAAACCUUUUAAGUUGGUCACAGAAAAACGUCUUAGCCAUCGCACUAGAUCAGAGUCUAUAUUUAUGGAAUGGAGAGACGGGGGAAGUCACUUUGCUAGUUGAGUUUGAAACCGAGACUAUAACUAGUGUUGUUUGGUCUAAUGACGACUGUCACAUCUCUAUUGGCAAAGAUGACGGUGAUACUGAGAUUUGGGAUGUCGAAGUAAUGUCUCAUGUUAGAACAAUGAGGAGUGGCCUUGGUGUUAGAAUCUGUUCACAGGACUGGCUUGACACGGUCGUUUGUAUUGGUGCUAAAAGUGGUGAAAUCCAGGUUAACGACGUUAGAGUAAAGGACCAUAUAGUUAAUACAUGGGAAAAACAUACAAGCGAAGUAUGUGGUAUAAAAUUUAGACAAGACGGUUUACAGCUAGCCUCUGGAGGCAAUGACAACACUGUCAUGAUAUGGGACACAAGACAGGACGAACCAUUAUGGACAAAGCGCAAUCAUAACGCUGCGGUGAAGGCCAUCGCCUGGCACCCAGAUGUGAUCAAUCUGCUUGCUACCGGCGGUGGAUCACUAGACAGACAUAUUCAUUUCUGGAACACAACAACGGGAGCUCGUAUCGGAAGCAUUAAUACAGGGUCACAAGUAUCUUCCUUACAUUGGGGACAAAGCUACGAGGGCUCACACAUGAAAGAGGAAAUCGUUGCAACAGGCGGCUCUCCCGACAAUUCUAUAUCAAUUUACAGCUACGAAUCCAAGAUUAAGGUUGCGGAAAUCACGCAGGCCCACGAAUCUCGAAUUGUAUCGAGUCAGCUUUCUCCAGAUGGCACAAUAAUAGCAACUGUGGGAGGUGAUGAAAACCUAAAGUUCUAUAGAGUAUUUGAUGCCAAGAAGAAGAAGACUCGUGACCAUGAGACGGAAAGCUUCCUAGAAAUCAUGGGAGUUGGCAAAAAGGGAGACGAUAAUAGCAACACCUCGUUAUCACCGAAGAAAACCAAUUUCAUAAUCAGGUAG